AUGGACACUCCUCAAGCACCGCUCUCCCCGCAGGUGGGGACCAACGGGGUCAUCUCCACCCAGGAUUUCCCCAGGGAGACCCAGUACGUGGAUGACGAUUUCCCCACAGACUUCCCCGUCAUCGCCCCCUUCCUGGCCGACCUCGACACCUCCGGGGACAGAGGGAACAUCUAUUACCGGCAGGAUGACUCUCGGGACGUGCUGGACCAGGCUGUGGGAUACAUCCAGGCCGGGUUUCCCCGCUCUGCCGGCACCUUCGUGCCCACCAAUGCCUUCAUUGCCACCUGGGAGGACGUGGGCGCCUACCAGGAGCUCUCCCAGGACACCGAGCCCUCCAGGAAGCUCAACACCUUCCAGGCAGUCAUAGCCUACAACGAUGAGGACACCUACACCAUCUUCCUCUACCCCAACGGCGGCCUCCAGUUCCUGGGGACGCGACCCAAGGAGUCCUACAACGUCCAGCUGGAGCUGCCAGCCAGGGUGGGCUUCAGCUGGGGGGACGGUGAUGACCCGAAGAGGGACGGGCUCUUCCACAGCCUGGCCAGCAGUGAGCAGGCUCUGAGGGUCCUGGAGAGGGAGAGCAACACGGGAAUUCCCGGCGUGUGGGUUUUCCACGUGGGCAGCGCGGAGCACGUGGAGCCCGGGGGUGGCGAAGGAGCCUCUCCCAACCCUGGCACCGCCAGCUACACCCACCUGCUCUCCAGCCACGCAUCCACGGCCCAGCGGCCCAGCCACGGAUCCCCGGUGCUCCUGGGCUUUGUGCCCGGGAGGAGGGACACCCAGGGCUGGCCGCAGCCCGGCGGGGACGCUGCCGCCCGGCAGAGCUACGCGGCCAACCCUUCCUCCUACAGCUCCGGCCAGCACGGCGUGGGCGUGGAGGAGGACGUGCAUUUCAACCCCGAUGUGUUCACCUACAGCGCAGCCAGCAAGGAGACGUGUGCCCAGCACCACGGGCGCUGCUCCCCUCACGCCUUCUGCACCGACUAUGCCGCCGGCUUCUGCUGCCACUGCCGGGCCACCUUCUAUGGGAACGGGCGGCAGUGCCUGCCCGAAGGGGCCGUGCAUCGCCUCAACGGGAAGGUGAGCGGGAGCCUGAGGGUGGGACAGGCGUCCGUGACCCCGCCUUGGCAGAGAGGGCGUUUGCCGCCGGCAGAGUCCAUCCAGCAGCUGACGCCCUGCGAACACGCGCGGAUGUACCCACGGGAGGUGCCCCCAGGGCCAUCACCCGUGGGUGACGGCCACGUGCCCCAGUGCGACGAGCAGGGCCGGUACCGGCCCCUGCAGUGCCACGGCAGCUCCGGGCACUGCUGGUGCGUGGAUGCAGCGGGGCAGGAGAUCGCCGGCACCCGGACGGCACCGGGCACCACCCCACCGCGCUGUGGGAGCCCAGAGUCCAUCCAGCAGCUGACGCCCUGCGAACACGCGCGGAUGUACCCACGGGAGGUGCCCCCAGGGCCAUCACCCGUGGGUGACGGCCACGUGCCCCAGUGCGACGAGCAGGGCCGGUACCGGCCCCUGCAGUGCCACGGCAGCUCCGGGCACUGCUGGUGCGUGGAUGCAGCGGGGCAGGAGAUCGCCGGCACCCGGACGGCACCGGGCACCACCCCACCGCGCUGUGGGAGCCCAGAGCCCACGGAGCGGCCCCCCAGCAUGUGCGAGCGCUGGCGGCAGAGUUUGCUGGAGCACUACGGGGGCAGCCCCCGAGGGGACCAGUACGUGCCACAGUGUGACCCCAGCGGGGACUUCACCCCGCUGCAGUGCCACGGCGACAGCGGCUACUGCUGGUGCGUGGAGCAGAGCGGCCGGGAGAUCCCGGGGACGCGCUCCGAGCCCGGCACCACCCCACCCUGUCUGCCCAGCGUCGCCCCUCCCAGCGUCCGGCCCGAGCCCCGGCCCGACGUGUCCCCACCGGCCGCGGGGACGUUCCUGCUCUACGCCCAGGGCCAGCAGAUCGGGUACCUCCCGCUGAAUGGCACCCGGCUGCAGAAGGAGGCGGCCAAGACCCUGCUCUCCCUGCAUGGCUCCAUCGUGGUGGGGAUCGACUACGACUGUCGGGAGAAGAUGAUCUACUGGACGGACGUGGCCGGCCGGAGCAUCAGCCGGGCGGGGCUGGAGCCAGGCUCCGAGCCAGAGACCAUCAUCAGCUCAGGACUCAUCAGCCCCGAGGGCCUGGCCGUGGACCACCUGCGCCGGGCCGUGUUUUGGACGGACAGCGGCCUGGACAGGAUCGAGCGGGCGCGGCUGGACGGCUCCGAGCGCCGCGUGCUCUUCGACACCGACCUCGUCAACCCCCGCGCCAUCGCCGUCGACCCCGUCCGAGGCAACCUUUACUGGACGGACUGGAAUCGUGAAGCUCCCAAAAUCGAAACUUCCACCGUCAACGGAGCCAACAGGAGGGUUCUGGUGCACACAGACAUUGGUUUGCCCAAUGGCCUGACUUUUGACCCCUUCUCCAAGCUGCUGUGCUGGGCUGAUGCAGGCACCAAGCACCUGGAAUGCACAUUCCCAGACGGCACCGGCCGGCGCGUCAUCCAGAGCAACCUCAACUACCCCUUCAGCAUCAUCAGCUACGCCAACCACUUCUACCACACGGACUGGAGACGGGAUGGGGUGAUAGCUGUGAAUAAAGAAACGGGUGCCUUCACUGAUGAGUAUCUUCCAGAGCAGCGAUCCCACCUCUAUGGAAUCACAGCGGUUUAUCCCUACUGCCCUGGAGCCAGGAAAUAAUAACUCCAUUUUCAAGGAAAAGACCAUCUUUGCACCCAGAGGAAUUUCAGACCCAGAGAACUGUCACUGCAUACGAGGAGGGGAAAAGUCCCUCACCGAGGCCAAGGAAGUGCCCUGCUUUCCUGCAAAAGAUUUUCAAGUAUUUUUUAUAGUUAUACCUCAAGACUUUACUACUGUAUUUUUUUUUAUCAAGUGGAAAACGUUGAGAUAUCACCAAAAAAAAAAACAACAACAACAAAAAAAAGGGUCCUGGGAAGCUCAAGCCAUGAACUCUUGCUCAUGCAAGAUUUAAAAUGUAGUUUUUUUGUUUUGUUUUUAACUCCAAUGUUUUAUUUUAUUGGAAGAAGAAUGGAUUCAUUUUUCAUAGUUUGGACAAUCUGACCAAGAGGUCAUUUUAUCCAAAAAAAAUAAAAAUA